AUGAUAGAAGAACAACGGCAUGGACCUCCACACGGCAUUCUCUUUGCCGUAGUUGUAGUAGCAGUCAUCUUAAUCCCAACAAUCCUCGGUGAAAAUGGCGAAGCAAUUACUGAUUUCAUCUCCGAUCUUCUUACCCCAAUAGGUCUUCUCUUACUCCCUAUUAUUCUACUCCUCACUAUCCAAUUCCUCUCAUCCGACACCGGCUCAUUCAUCAACACCAUUUUCUCCACCGGUGAACCUAAUUCCAUUCACCGUGUAAGUGGGUCCCCUGUUGGCGUUGCUCUUUUUCUCGCACUCACAUUGUUCCUUCUCUAUAACCGCUUUUCCAUCUUCGGUGGCGAUGAUGAUUCCGGCGACUGA